AUGGAAAUCCUCAACACACACAACACCACCCCCCUGGGGGAGAGGAACCCCUUCGGCGCCAUCCGACCAAACCCCCACCUCCACAUCACAACCCAAGUCUUGGACUUUGCCACCAUGCCAGACAAUAGGCGGGUCUUCUCCGUCGGAUCACCAAUUCACCAUCACCACCACCGCCCCCCUGUCUCGACCGAGUUCGAGCUCCGAUAUAACCUACACCCGCUCUGUCUCGUCACGCUAGACUUUGCACCCAACCACAACAACAGUCACACGAACCAGAGGACACUGGACGACGACGACGACGACAACGACGACGACGACAACGACGACGACGACGACAACGACGACGACGACGACAACGACGACGACGACGACAACGACGACGUCAAAUUUGACCUCCUCCUCUCCCGCUGCCAGCUGGCCUUGACGAGUGGUGGUGGUUCCCCACAACACCAACACUUUUACCGAGUAGGUCUCUUCGCUGGGCCAGGGCCAGGUGACGACAUGUCGAGGCUAUACACAGAGCAACCACCUGCUUCAGCCUUAUUCGACUUUUUGGCGGAGGAGAGGGUGAUAUUUCUGUAUUGA